UAAAAAAAGAUUCGUUAUUAAUAUAUAUAUUUAUAUUAGUGUGAGUGUGGAGCACUGAGAGAGAGUCUCCAAUAUGGCUUCGUUUUCGCCCUUCUCUGCAAUUAGCUCCGCUCCCACUUCCCUUACCACACUUCGUACCCGUCCUCCCACCUCCCAUUUUCGCAACCGGAUUUAUGCAGAAGCAGCAACCAUAAGGGAUGAUUUGAAAUCUGCUGCAAUUGAUGUUGUAGCUGAUAUUAAGACUGAAAGGGUUGUAGUCUUGGGAGGAAGUGGUUUUGUUGGUUCUGCUAUUUGCAAGGCUGCUGUUUCCAAGGGCAUAGAGGUCAUAAGUUUAAGCAGGUCAGGGCGUCCUACUUACCCAAAUUCGUGGGUGGAUCAGGUAAAUUGGGUGACAGGAGAUGUUUUCUAUGUAAACUGGGAUGAAGUACUGGUUGGAGCUACUGCUGUGGUUUCAACCCUUGGAGGUUUUGGUAGUGAGGAACAAAUGCUAAGGAUUAAUGGAGAGGCUAAUGUUGUGUCAGUUAAUGCUGCAAAGGAUUAUGGGACUCCAAAGUUUAUCUUGAUCUCAGUGCAUGAUUAUAAUUUACCAUCAUUUAUACUUUCGACUGGAUACUUCACUGGAAAGAGGAAAGCAGAGGCAGAAGUUCUUUCCAAAUAUCCCAACUCUGGUGUUGUAUUAAGACCGGGUUUUAUAUAUGGUAAAAGGAGGGUGGAUGGUUUCGAGAUUCCUCUGGAUUUAGUAGGGGAACCAGUGGAGAGAAUUCUGCGUGCUACUGAGAGCUUUACCAGACCUUUGAGUUCUCUUCCAGCAUCUGAUCUGCUCUUGGUUCCUCCUGUUAGUGUUGAUGAUGUUGCACUUGCAGCUAUCAAUGCAGUCUCAGAUAAUGACUUCUUCGGCAUUUUUACAAUUGAACAAAUCAAGGAAGCUGCAGAAAAAGCGAGGGCAGAAAAAGUGAGGGUCUGAUUUAGCUUAUCUACAUAUAAUCAAAGAUGGUAAUUAGACAGGCAGGUUUAUGGGUAUCACAUAAGACCUUGUAUGGAGACAAAAUACAUUGAACCAUUGUAAGGUUUGGAAAUGGCUUAUACAAACUGGCUUGAGGUAAAACAUUUACAUUUUCGUAUUA